UGAAUAAUACUCUUUGGUUUUUAAGAAUGAAUUAAAAAAGGGGGACAUUGACAAAACAUUUAUAUUGAAUAUUGGUAAUAUUUAAUCAUAAUUAGCCUUUUAUCUACGGAAGGUUAAGUUGAUGGACCAAAAUACCGAAGGAAGUAAGGAAAAAAGAAAAAAACAGAGUACACUCGACCGUGUGGGAGAAGUGCUAAUUUAGAAUUUAUCUGACCGUGCCUUUUUGGUUACAUAUACGUAUGUUUGAGGUGCUGAUAUAUUAUAUGAUUAUGAACAAUAAGCUUACUUUAAUGCACAAAAAAAGUAAUUAGUAUGUCAUCGUACUAAUCUCUUGUUAAUUGGGAGUUAAGUUCUUGUUAUUUAAAAAAAGAUUGGGAGAUUAAAUAUAAGAGAAACAUGCCUGUCUGUGAAGGGUUGUUACUUAUAUUAAAUAGGAGGGUAAUGUGUUUGUGUGCCUCCACGCAGAUAUAGUCUCAGCAAUCAAAUUUCAUGGAGAGAAGAAAACAGAAUGGGAAAAAGCAAGAGCCAAAGGGUGAGAGAAGAGCUGAAGAGGGACUAUGGUGUGAGCUAAGCAGUUCAAUUCUGCAACGGAAAAAGGCAGAAAAAGGAGCGCAAAAAAGCUUCCACAACUUGAAUCCCAGCUUACAGCAGCAAACGCAGAGAAACAAAUUGAGAGACAGAGACACUGAGACAGAGAGAAAGAAAACGAAGCGAAACCGCUUUCUCUCUCUAUCAUCUCUGCCAGAGCCAAUUCGGUAUCGAUUGGCAAAGGCAAUGCCAUUUCCAGCAAGCAGACGAUACAUCUCUCUCUCCCCCCCAAAUUUCUGAAUGCCAUAAACGAACCCACUCACUGCUCUGCUUACACGCUACCUGUACCCACGCCAACCCACCCACACAUACACACACUUUCUGCCUCCUUCUCUCCCUCUCCCUCUCUCCCUCUCUCUCUCUCUCUCUCUCAACUUUCUCUUUGCUACCGUCCCUUUUUUGUUGCUCGCUCCACCAUUUUCAAUUCAUCAAUACCUUCAUAUAUAUCUCAGCCGGUACCUUACCAUCGAGAUUUUUCCAUUUCUUGCCAUGAGGCUUCCGUUCUUCUCUAUACCUCAGUCUCACCAUUGCUCUGUUCCUAAUAACUUUCAGGGUUCUUCGCUUGCCCUCUUCCCUGCCACGUCCUCUUCUUCUUCCCGCAGGCCUCGCUGGCCACGAUGGACGCUGACUCUGCCUACCCGCCACCGCAGGAAAGAUAAGGUGGUUCUCAUAAUGGGUGCUACUGGCAGCGGGAAGUCUCGCCUGUCCAUCGACCUCGCCACCCGCUGCGCCUGCUCGGAAGUUAUCAACGCAGACAAAAUGCAAGUUUACAGGGGACUCGACAUCACCACCAACAAGAUUCCUUUGGGUGAACGAAACGGCGUCCCGCACCACCUGCUCGGAGAUGUUGACCCUGCGAACGGAGAGUUCUUGCCGUCGGAUUUUCGCUCAGUCGCCGGGUCCAUUGUUUCCGAUAUCAGCUCGAGGAGGAAGCUUCCCAUCGUCGUCGGUGGGUCCAACUCGUUGAUUCAUGCUCUUCUGGUGGAACAGUUUGACCCGGCGUUAAAUGUGUUCGAUGAUGGUACGUCGUCACCGAGCUCGAUCUCGUCCGAGUUAAGGUACAACUGUUGCAUCCUCUGGGUGGACGUGUCUUUUCCUGUGUUAUCGGAUUACUUGAUGAAGCGAGUUGACGACAUGCUUGACUUGGGAAUGGUGGAUGAGCUCGCUCACUUCUUCGACCCGGAAGCGAGCGACUUAGAAGACGACUCAGAGCACAGAUUUGGGUUGAGGAAAGCCAUUGGAGUACCUGAAUUCGAUCAGUAUUUCAAGCGAUACCCACCACCGGGUGGGCUGAGGCGGGUCAAGGGAGAUGAGGAUCGGAUGCGGCAGGCCGCAUACGAAGAGGCAGUGAUGGCGAUAAAGGAAACUCGUCGGCUAGCGAAAAGGCAAAUAGGGAAGAUCAUGCGGCUUAAAGGUGCCGGGUGGGACCUACAGAGGCUGGACGCCACAGAGGCGUUCCAGGCGGCGAUGACGCCGUUGAGAUGCUCCGACAACGGCGGCAAGAAAUGGUCGGAUAUUUGGGAGAGACAGGUGGCAGAGCCAAGCGUGAAGAUUGUGAAGAGGUUCUUGAAGGAGUAGGUCUUCCAGCUAUAUCCAGCUACUUCAAUUCAAAUUUUAUGUUCCAUUUCUCUCUCUCUCUCUAUCUAAUUGGAAUAUAUAUAUAUAUAUAU